AUGAAGUCUGUGAAGUCUGUGAAGUCCAUCUCCCAUGGCCUGCAAUUUGCAGGUCGCGCGCCUUGGCUUAAACUAGCGGCCAUCCCUUCAGUUGGCUUCAGUCCUAUGCCGAACGCCACCUCUAUCAAAGCAUCGUCGAGAAGAGGCCUACAGAGCAGGGCAAUCGUGGGCGCUUACACUCAUUCACGAAAAGCCAUUACCGUAAGCCACCAGACACCACAUCGAUGCCAUGCGCCAUACACCACGAGCACUGCCACCACCGAACCAACCAUCCAUCACGUCUUCGAAGAUGUGACCGGAACAUGGCAAUACAUCGUUGCAGACCCGUCAACAUCCACCGCAGUAAUCAUAGAUCCUGUUUUGAACUAUGACCCCGUCACACAGGCCAUCACAACCCAUUCUGCGGAUGAAUUACUCUCUCUUGUCCAAGAAAAAGGCUACAAGAUCGAGAAGAUCCUCGAAACACACGCCCACGCCGACCACCUCACAUCAUCCUCAUAUCUUCAAAGCCGACUAGCUCAAAUACAGGACCAUAAGCCACCAAUUAGCAUCGGCAAGCGCAUCAAGCAGGUCCAAAAUCUGUUCGGUAAACGCUACGGGCUUGCAAGGGACGAAUACAACCACGUGUUUGACAAACUAUUUGACGACGACGAAACAUUCUCCAUCGGUAAUUUGACGGCCAAAGCAAUCCACCUACCAGGUCAUACACCCGAUCACCUGGGCUACCAAAUCGGAGGCAAGUAUCAGAAUGUAUUCUGCGGUGACUCCAUCUUUCACGCAGAGAUCGGUACAGCUCGCUGCGACUUUCCAGGCGGCGACGCGACACAGCUCUUUCGAUCAGGCCGUAGAUUGCUAGAAUUACCUGACGAUGUCAAGAUCUGGCCCGGCCAUGACUACCCGUCUGACGGACGAGAGCCUGUUCCUUGGAUGAGUGUUCGUGAUCAGAAGAAAUUGAACAAGCAUCUUGGGGCCAAGGUCUCGGAAGAAGAGUUUGUGCAAAUGCGAGAUGAGCGUGAUAGGAUGCUGAAAGCGCCGAGGUUGUUGCAUCAGUCACUGCAGAUGAAUAUUCGGGCUGGGAGGCUGCCCAAGGUUGAGGAGGGCUUCCGGAUGCUCAGAUUGCCUUUGAAAGUUGGAGUGGAAUGGUAG